AUGGACCUCUCCGUUUUGCCAAACAACAACCAUCCUGAUAAAUUCCUGCAACUGGAGGUUAAAUCUUUAGUGAAAAACUCUGCCUUUCUACCAGCCAACUGGGCAAAAUUCCCAGAAGCAGCUUUACCUGGAGUGCAGCGGUGGCACAACAGGAUCUAUUUACAGAGAGAAAAGAGAACUGUCACUGAGCUGCCAGGCUUAGACUUGAACAGGGUCAGUCAAGAAAUAAUAGACAAAUCCCUGGGGAAACACAUUACUCCCAUCACCCUGAAAUCCACAAUCAAGAGCAACCCAUUGUACAGUGAUAUCCAUGUGGAUGAUGACUGGGAGGAGAAGAAAAAGACCCCUUCCUGGACUGUGCAAGACUAUGACAGACAGUCACUGCACUCUAACUUGGCCAGCCACAUAAAGGAAAAUCCUAAUGAUCUACAGUUCUGGAUGGGGGAUAUUUAUACUCCUGGGUAUGAUACCUUGUUGAAAAAGAAGGAGCGAGAAAAAAAACAUUCAAAAUAUUGCCGAAUCAUUCUGCUCAUGGUACUAGCCAUGUGCAUUCUAAUUACUGUAAUCACACUUAGCAUUUUACUUACCUAG